AUGUUCAGCUCCCGAGUGUGAGUCUCUUACUCAUUUUUUGAUGGGUUUCUUGAAUAUUUCCUAUUUUUCGAUUUUUGCUCUUUGAAAGGGUCUUUUUGUUCAUUCUAAGCAGUGUUUUAUAUCGAAAAACAGCCACUUUGAAUGAACUUCAGGGCAAAUUUUGCAAGAAAUCUCAAAAUUCACGUUGAAAUUGGUGUUCCUCUAGCUAUUAGAGAACAAUUCGGAUUUUGAGUCUCAGAAAAAAGACAAAAAAAUGAGAAUACUCGAAUUUCUGUAGUUUUCUAACAGCUCAACAUGAUGCAACAAUUUCAGCAUGAUCAUCGCCGUCGUCGCCGCUCUCCUGGCCCUCGGUCAGGCUCAAGUCGUCGUCCCAGCCGCCUACGAAGCCGUGGUUCCAGCCGUGUCGCCGUUCUACGCUGCCUACUCGCCAUACUACGCUGCUGCUGCCUACCCGGCCUACUACGCCUGGGGAUCCAACAAGGCGAGUUUUAGAUGAUCAGAGUUUUUCAAGAAGUCUAGCGGGGCUGAAAAUAUUGAAAUAUUUGUCAAACAGUGCCUUAAGGAGCUUCUUAACGGAUCUAACAGGGAGGUAGUGUGAAGUUUAGAAUUUUCUGAAAAUGUCGAUUUUCUCAAUUUCGAGCUUUUGAAACAUCCUUUCGAAGCCUUUUAAGGUUAAUCAGUGGUUUUAGUAGUGGCUGAAUGAAAAAAUAAAACUUUAUUUUCAAGUUUACAGGGAAAGUCUGACGCUUCACCAGCUCCCCAGGCUUCCUCUUCGCUCCUGAACAACCAGCGUCCUUGA